CUUCCGGCCCCGGCCGUAUUGCUGUUUUCCAGCCGCCGCUCACCGCGACGGAGGGAGCCUCGCGGGAGGAUGGUGUGCGAGAAAUGUGAAAAGAAACUUGGCACUGUUAUCACUCCAGACACAUGGAAAGAUGGUGCAAGGAAUACCACAGAAAGUGGUGGAAGAAAGCUGAAUGAAAACAAAGCUUUGACCUCAAAAAAAGCAAGAUUUGAUCCAUAUGGAAAGAAUAAGUUUUCCACUUGCAGAAUUUGUAAAAGUUCUGUGCAUCAACCGGGUUCUAAUUACUGCCAGGGCUGUGCCUACAAAAAGGGCAUCUGUGCAAUGUGUGGAAAAAAGGUUUUGGAUACCAAGAACUACAAGCAAACAUCUGUCUAGAUGUAUUGAUGAAGUUUCUGGCUUUCUGUGAUUUUGCUUUCUGUUUUAAAUUUUCAAGGCAUAUCAUAGAUUUUCAAAUUACAAAAUAACAUGUUUUAAGACAAUUAAGUUUAAAGCAGGGAAACGGAUUCAUUCUUUUGCUCUGUAGAAGUUCUGAAUAGCAGCAAUGUAAGUAGUCUGCCUUCCAAGCAUCUUACUUAACUAGAAGAAGUGGCAAAUUUAACAACAAAAAUGUUGUCCCAGUUCUGUAUGCACUUUUUAUUUAACAUUAAAUAAGAAUUAUAAUUCUUA